AUGACACGGGAAACUGAGAUAGACGACAACGACCCCGAAAAAAUCACUAUAUGCCUAGAGGAUGACGAAUACAACGAACGUAAAAAGGUUUUCGAAAAGGGCCUUAGUGCGCUCCUUGCCAAUCAGCACUUUUUGCUGCUCUAUGUACCAGAUAAUGGCAGCAAGAUGCAAGUGAUAAGGCCUUCCAGCAACCUAUUCCAUCGAAAGCGCAUGAUAAAAAGGAUCAAUGACACGAAAAGGGGCAUUCCAUCUUUUUACUACGCGCUAUCGCACCUUUGGGGUCUCACAGAAAAUGACCGGUACCACUGGAAUGACAUUAAGGAAUACGUGGAUGACGAAGAAGGACAACCAGUGAAGCCUGUAUCAAUGCGACAUGAGAAACGAGAUACAUUACUUGCGCUCCUCAAGGAUCAUCCUGAUAGUUACUGGUGGAUUGAUGUUUUAUGUGCACGUACCGAUACCCCCUUGGAUAUUAUGGGCGAUAUUUACGCAUGUUGCCUAGAAUGUAUUGCUAUGAUCGAUUGCGACCCUAGCUUGAUACCAAAAAUUCACACAAUGUCGGUUGGGGAAAAGGAAAUGGGGGAACUAUUGAGUCAUUCAUCAAGAUACCCAAGAUACGAGCGGAUUUGUAAAACCAAAGCUCUGCAACUUUGUGAUCUCUUGCACACAUUUUUACAAAGUCAAUGGUGGCAACGCGUGUGGACCUGGCAGGAGAUGGCUCUACCGUGUGGAGACGUGCGAUUCAUGGCUGAAACAAGCACUCAUCAACAACUCCAAACCAACACAAUCACGCUGGAUGAAUUAAUCAAACUUGGUGCUGUGGCAUAUACCCUAGAUCAUACUUUCGUUGCGAACUACAAGACCACAUUACGCGAAGAUAUCAAGAAAAUGGGAUCCGAAGCCAAGGCUGUUUGUAACAUUCUCGGCCCCAUACGCGAUGCCAGUGAAUGCAACGACUCUCGUAUCUCUGGAAGCGAUCAUAGAUUUAUGGAUGUCAUUUAUUCAAUGAAGAACUCCACACGACGUUGUUAUGAUCCCGCUGACUAUGUCUAUGGUGUGCUGGGUAUGAUGCAGAUCCAAAUCCCAAGGAUGGUUGACCCAUGUGAGGUUUGGCGGCAUUUCUUGGCUGAGCUGGAUAAUUGUACCCCACAUUUCAACCGUGCCCCUCAAUGCAUUGAUCGCGCACAAGAAAUUGAUUUACGAGAAGCUGAAACUAUUGGUGAUGUGUACAAAAAGUUGUAUCGUGCUUGGUAUGGCGAUUGGUGA